AUGGAUGACAGCUUAGAUCUUGGCGAAUUAGAUAUUACCACAAAGGAUGUUGAUUUCGAUGAGAUGGAGCAGGAUAUUCAGAGAUUUGCAUCUGAACCAUCUGUUCGUAAAGUUCUCGAAGUUGGCGUCGAUCUACAAAACUAUUCUGCACAAAUCAAAAAAGAAUUAGACGAUAUUGAGUCUGCUUCAAUAGAGGAUUAUCUCAGACAAAUUCCAAGAGUUGAUUCACUUCAUGAAGAAAUUAUGGCUUGCGACAAAACAUUAGAAGCAAUGGAAGACCUUCUUGUAACAUUCAAAGGAUCUCUAGGUCAAUUAUCUACAGAAAUUUGCAGUUUACAAACUAGAUCUCAAGAAAUUUCUAUGAAGCUCGAAAACAGAAAAUCUUUAGACAAUUUCUUGGGCGAAUUCGCACGAGAAGUUGCAAUUACAAAAGAUUUUACAGAUGCAGUUACAAAUACUGAAGCUGGUCCAAAUUAUGUCAAAAUUAUUGUCGAACUUGGCAACAAAUUAAAAUUCGUGCAACGUCCCGAUAUAAAAACUACACCAGCUGCGCAUGAAACUCAUGCAAAAUUCGAGCAGCUUAAAGGAAGAGCUUCAGAAAAAAUCAGAAAAUGGAUGAACCAAGAGAUCACAAAAAUCCGCGACAACUUCCCAGAUGAUCAAAUGGCCAUCCAAAAUUCACUCCUCAGAUGCCAGCCCCUUAUCAAAUUCAUCAAAGAAUUCGAUCCAAGUACUGCUGACUCAGUCGAAAGCUAUUACGCAGACGUUCUUUCAAAACUUUACUUAGAAGUCUACAAGUAUACCUGCAAGAAUUCUCUCCGCAAAAUGGCUCAAAUCUCUAUGUCCCCAGAAACUAUUGUUCCUACAAUGCAAAGGGCAUUUUUCAAGAAGAAACUUGCUCCCGGUGAAUCCACCCUCUUCUUUUCACUCGGCGAACGUGAAAAACUUCUUGAUGAUAUUCUUGCACCUCCACAAGUCUUCGAAGAAGGCUCUUUCCCAAUUGAAUCACUUCUCCGCAGUGUAUACCAGAAGCUCAUCGACACUGUCACUGCAGAACAUGCUUUCGCGUCCUACUUUUUCGAUGAUGACAACAUUACAACAACGAUAUUUACGGCCACGACCAAAUAUCUCGAGAGCUUUUUCGAUGAGCUCCUUCCACGUAUAACCGAUCCAAUCUGCACCAUUCUCCUUCUCCGCAUCAUACAAGCCGAGAAGAACGAAAUGAGCCGCAGGAGAUGUUUCAAAAUCAACACACAUCUCCAAACAGUUGCAAAGAAACUUGCUGACAGAUUCCAUGCGAUUUGCAACAACAACAUUCAGAGUUUGGAGCAGUGCGAUCCUGUUGUUUUCAUGGAAAAUGAACAAACAGCACAUCACGCGAAUGCAAUGACAAAGAGAUUCUCCGAAUUCGCACGUUCUCUUUCAUUACUUCUUGAUGACGAAGUUGCGGAAAUUGCUGUUCCUGAUAUGCAUGGAAUUUCUGCUUCUGUCAUUGAUCUCCUUGAAAGAACAUCGAAAGAGUUCAAGACUGUUGAAUUGAAUGUCAUUUUCUUGAUCAACAACUACUGCGCGAUUCUUGCAACGAUGAAGACAAUUGAAGGAUGUCCUCUUCUUGAAUUAUUCGAGCAGAAAUAUGUUGAUUGCGUCGAGCAUUUCGUUGACUUGCAGUUGUCAUUAAACUUCAAGGAUUUGUUCAACAUCGUAAGGAAAGCAUUUCAUAAACUUGAUUCUCAAGAACCAGUUAAAAUUGAUGUUAUCGAAAAAGAGCUUAAGGAAAUCGCUCUUGAUUUCAAGGAUAAUCAUGUUGACAAAGUCAAGAAAAUCGCUGAACUACAGUUCCAUAAGUUUGGCGACUUUAAUUCUGCAAGAGAAAUUCUUAUGCAACUUGCAAAGAGAUUAGUUUUGUACUGGGCUAAGUUUGACCAGCUUUGCAAGUCAACAAUUAAGGGUCCUAUUCCUCCAUGGCUCCAGAAUAUUGUUUCUCCUCAACAAGUUGUAUUAAAUAUCCGCCCAAUCACUGAGUCUUUCUGCUAA